AGAAGAGAUUGAUGAACGAUAAACAUGAUACAUGCGUACACAUCUAAAAAUGGAUCACCUUUCCACGCCACGCGCUUGAACCAGAAGCAUAUCUCCACCGAACGUUGUCCACGGAAAAGCUAAAGCUUUCAAAAUGCAAAAUAUAACCACAUAUUAGGACAGGCAAAUGAAUCAGGAUGGAAGUUAGUCGAUGAAAUGGAAGACCCGUGGAAAGACCUGACGGAUCCAAUUUUAUUGACAUUUUUCUCCUUUCUAAAUGUACAAGAAUUAAAUAAUGCUGCCAGAACUUGCAAGAAUUGGUAUCGAGUUGCUCAUGAUGAAAGUUUGUGGAAAAAUCUGACUUUCAAAAGACUUGGACGUCAGUACCUGCGCAAGGAAGAUAGUUGGAAGUUGGAGCUAAAACGUCUAACUUGUCACGUUCCAGUGCAUCUGCACCAAACAUGCACAGGUCACGUGGACGAGGUCUACAACGUCUGCUUUUCAAACAGUGGAUGUCUUAUUGCUACAUGUGGUGCAGACGGUAUUGUAAAUAUUUGGAAAUAUGGGAUUGAUACAGUAUUGCUUCACUCUAAGAAAAUUACAAAUGAAGAUGGUUAUGUGAAUUACGUUGAGUUUAACGAUGCAGAAACACAUCUUCUUGUCCACUCUACCGGCAGAAACAUCGACUUUCAAAGUGCUGUAGCUGUGCUUUCCAUCGAAAGGGAAGCGAUGUAUAUCGUGGCAGCCAGAUAUUCCGGAGUACGUCAUUUCAGAGGAACUUGGCUGAACAAUGAGACAUUCUUGAAUGUAUAUAAAUCCGAUCUUUUCCCUCCGUAUGAUGUGGAAUUAAUCGCUUGCAAGUUUUACGAAGGCAUCUUGGAUGAAGAUGACUGUCUCUCAUCGGAUCUCCGUAUCCCGGACUAUUUCUCAAAACAAAAUGUAGAUACUAAAAAACUUUUGAAAAUGGAGCAAGUGGGGAUCGAUCCUGAUUUUGUUAAAGUCAUAGAUUGGUCAGAGUGGAAUCAGGGUUUUUCAAAUGAACCAAAAGCCAGCUCUACCACAGACGUGAAGGUUAUAGCGCUCUACAUACAGAGACUAUAUCAAUCUGGUGGAAAUGGAGCAGUCUUCUAUAAAGUUAGCUUAGAUUCGUUAGAAACCUUGCUGAUGGAGCCAAUCAAAACUGUUUUAACAAAUAGUGCGUGUCUAGGAGUUCAGCUGUCAGCUAAUCACAGGUAUGUGGUAUACAAUUUGAGACGACUUUCAACUGAUGGAAGCUAUGUCACACACGAGAAGGAUGUCGUUACCAUGGUUAUCAGCCUGGAAAACACCGAAGAACAGCCGGACCUAUUUUGUGACCCCAAACCUGCAGACGAUUCAUUAACAAUAUCUUACUUCUUUCCUAGUGUGUCUGAUGACCUCGUUGCAAAUGAAUCCGAGCCGGAUGUUGUUUUCUUAUGGGAUCGUCACUCGCAUGAAAUCGUUUCCAGGUUAUACCAUCACACUGGUGUGAGUGCUGUUGCCUUCCACCCACGUGACCAGGAAGUCUUAGCUAGUGUUGCAGACGAUAAAAAACUCAGAAUAUGGAUGUCAACAAAUAGAAAACGAAACAACAGAAUUGAUUAAUUUCUGAAAUAUAAUGAGUCAUAACGUCA